AUUCAAGAUUCCCAAGCUGAGGGUUCAUGGACGCUUCAUUCGGUCCUAACCAAUUAGGACCAAAUGAAGCGCAUACCAACGCCCCUGUCCUUUCCCAGAGCUUUUCUUCUAUUCCCGAUUCCAUAAAUGAGACAAAGAAACAAAAUGAAUCUACAAAACGUACAUUAAAAUUUGAUAUUGCUUACAAAAAACGUGAUCUUGUAUCUACUCAGUAUAUAAAACAUAAUAAUGAAACAAAAUCUAAUGAGUGCACUAUACAGAAUUCUAUGAUUACCCGAGAAACAACUAUGUCAAAUAUUGCAAAACCUAUAAGACCACUUACAUCCGCUCCUUACUGCAUCAAUCCUGAUAUAUCCGUAAAGAAUAAGUGCUUGAAAAUAGACGGUAACGAUUAUCAAUUUACACAAAACAACAUGGAUAUUUAUAAAGAUAGUAAUUCCCGCUCUAUACGAUCAGUGUCCUCGCCGCAAUUAACAACUAAACCCCUUACACGAUCGAAAGUUUAUAGAAAAGCAUCGUUAAAGUCAAUGAACUUAUCUAAUUCUACGUUAGACAACUCUGCAUCGAAUCAUUGUAGAAGUAUCGGCUUGGCAUCGGAUAAUCGAAUAAUUAACACUUCUAACUGUUCUAUCACCUUCACAGAUAAAAAGGUACCUUUUUCAUAUCAUUCUGCGACCACGCAAAGAAAUGAUUCAAACGAUUCCCGGAACAAGUGGAAUAUGGGAGAAGUACAUAUUACUUGUAAUCCACUGUCGACACCGUAUCCAUAUUCCACGCCUCACCGUAACAUCAUAAACGAAACUGUAACAGAGCCACUAGAGGAAGAACCAAAAAGUCGCAGCUGCGGAAGUUUUUUACCAAUCUUAUCGUUGAUACCACAAACAGUAAUCAGUUUUCAGUAUUUAAGCCCGAAAAUGAAAUUCUCUUGGUGGAGAAAUAAAAUCUCGUGAAGGUACGCUUAAAUUGACCAUUUAGCGCGUGUGUUGCUAGUGGUCUUGUAGCGCAAAUUAAAUGCUAUUUGGUCAAGCUCUACGAAAACCUCUUACCUCGUAGUGAGUUCCCAAUCUUCAUCAAUUAGAGGUAUCCUGAUCAUCGUUACACGUGUCUAUCAAUCAGUCUAUGCCCUUUUAAUACUACAAAGUAGGGUCGUACGGAAAGAACGCAUGCAGUUAGAUCUUAAACGAAAUAUAAGUAGAAUUCCUUCAUUCUGUGGAAAUGUUUUGCAUAAUGUGAAACGACUUUAAGUCCCUUGGAAAUAAUGUCUAUAUUGUACAUUACAGUUCUCUGGGAUCCUCUAGUCUAUGAAGUGUUUUCCUAAACUUUCAUAAUUUAUGAGUAGAUUGAAGCAAGUACCUUUUGCUCCGUACAGAAGGGGUCUCUUACCAUUUUGUCUACUUAUAGCAAUAUUCUUAGAGAUUCAUUAUGAUAAAAAUCAAAAUUAAAAUUACAGUAUGGAUCCAAUGAGUUAUACCAAUCAUAAUGUAAUUCUUUUAAAUUUAUGUUUCUAUUGUAAAUUACUUUUUCCUAAGAGAAAGUGUGCCUAUUUUCAAAUAUAUUUGGCCAUAAAUUAAAUAGUUAGGAAUUAUUUAAACAUGAUUUCCUUGUUGUAAUCUCUUAUUAAACGGUUCCUCUUUUUCUAAUUUAAUGUACUUAAAAAAAAGAAACUUACUGAUCCAUACUAUCAGAUGAUACUAGAAUUUUUUAAAUGUACAUCAAAAUAUGAUUAAAAUAUUCCAUGUGAAUAACUACUCUAUGUGAUAUUAUUAAAAAUAUGGAGAAGAAUACACCAGUUGGUGUUGUACAAUGUUAAGAAUUUAGAUUAAUUCUUCAUGAAUCUUUUGUCGAAUUCCUUAUUAAAUUAAUUUCAAUUCAUUUUAUGAAAUGGAUGAUGCAUUAAAGUAGUUAAGGCACUAUGAUUAAUUAAAUCAUUCCUAUAUGCGUGCGUGUAAAGUAUACGUGCGAGCGUUGUGUACAUGACAAGUCAUAUUUCCUCUACAACUUUUAUUUCUCUAUGAGAAAUAAUAUUGUUUAAUAUAAUUUAUGUUUACAAGGAAUUUAUAUUACAGAAACUUGAAAGAAUUUAUUUUUUAUUACGCUUAUUUUCUUGGAUUUUCAAACAUUUUUAGAAGCAUUGAAUUUUUUUUGUUAUCACUUCACAUUCUUGUUUAUUUCCACUUUGAUGCUCUCUGUGUAAAAAUCUCGUUAUAAACUUAUAUUUGAUUCCGUUUGGCGAUUACAAGUGCUCAUUUUAUAUUUACCGAGUAAUAAAUGUUUUUUAUAAAUAUUUGUAUUUCAUUGUGUUUCAUUUCACAAUAUUUCCAAAAAUUUAUUAUUUCGUAAAUACAAUAAAUAACAUUUUAUAUGUGAAAAUGCGUAAAUCGCAAGAAUACUUCUUUUUUUAAUAAAAAGGGAAAGAGAAAAGAAAGAAAGAAAGAAAGAAGGAAAGAAAGGAAGAAAGAAAGAAAGAAAGGGAGAGACAAUAAGAAACGUAAUUUAUCUACAAAUUUUGUUUCUUAUAUGUAUUAUAAUUGUAAUGAUGGUGUUAAAAAUUUAACAUCGUUUGAAGACAAAUACAGCAGUGCUCUAUUAAUCAUUAAUAACAACGUGAAGUUUGUACUGUGAUUUUUUCUUGUCGUAAGCAAAGUUUCAUUUAAAAUUGCUAGUUUGUAAACUAUUAUUUUAUUUAAUAAUAGUGGCAAAUCUGCACUUUUAACAGUACUAAACAGAUAAUAACAUAAAUAAUUAAAACGUAAUGCGGUAGGUAAUGUACAUCAUAGUCCCAUUAAGUGCUUUCCAAAAUAUAUUAUCCUUUGGUGUAGAUUAUUGUUGCAUGUAAAGUAACUUGAUUUCUGUAUUAUACUCAUCAAAUAAAGAUUAUAUUUAGUCAAUUAAUACUGUGUAGAGUUUACUUAUUAUGUUUAAAAUGUUAUAUUUCUAUAAAACAUGCUUAAAAUUUCAUAGACAAUUUUAAAUGGAGAGUACACCAAUUUUUAACUGUACUAUUAUUUCAGAAAAUUCAUUACCGAAUAUAAACAAAUAUGAAAAUAUAAUUUUUGCUAUUAUUUUUACAAAAAUAUGUAACGAUCUGCAUAAUUUAUUAAAUUAUAUCGUCAGCUUUAGUAUAUUCUUGUUUAUUAAAAUGAAUUAUACUAAACAUUGCAUUGAAUCUUGAUCGUAAUCCGUGUUGUAUACUUUUAUGAGUUUUUUCUUGAUGUUCUUUCUGCACUUCAUGAGUUUCCGUAUCAAAUUUAUUUUGAAUUUUAUUUAAUGCUAAUAAAAAAGUAACAUAUGUAUUAGAAUUAGAUAAUAAAGUAAAAAUAUUAAACUUUUAUUUUAAAUAGUUUCUUUACCUUUCUUCAAAUCCAUUUCAUCCAUUUCUAUAUUACUGAUUUUAGAUAAUUCAUGUCUGAAACUUUUUGUGAUUUUUUUUCGAAUAUAAUCAGCUUCUAUUUCUUGCUUGGUCCGUGGUACUCUGAAGCGAAUGCAACAACAGAGAGCAAUUAACACGCUAAGUAAAACAGAAAGAAUAAUACCAGCAAGUUGCCAAACACGAAAUCCCGGUAGCGCUUCAUCUUCUAACCACUGUUCAACACCACCUUCAACACAAUCUCCUGGACGUAUAGCUAUUUCAUUAGGUGAACACGGUGAAAAAGAUGACGAAGGCAAAAGUGAUGCGAUAGUUGACUCAUCCAUUUCUUUCAUAAUGUGACAACUCUGAAAAUCCUUUGUUAUUUUAUUAAAUUUAUAAAACGAAUCUUUUAUACGUGUAAUCUUACUCAAGAAGUAUUACUCGUGUUUUCCAUAAUACUAAUAAUUAUUUACAUAAAUAUUUUUUUUUUAAUCCGUAUAAAAGUACGAUUUUAGGAAAUCGAAACUAUAUACAAUAAUGUACGUUCUUUGUAUCUAAAAUAAAAGUAACUGAUAAUACAUGUCAUUUAAAAUUUGGUACACGAUAAGUUCAAAUUAAUUGCAAAGUAAAUAUAAAUAUUGCAAAGUAAAUAUAAAUAUUUUGAAAAUUAAUCUAAAUAUUUUAUACAUUUUUCAAUACUUACAUAUCAUCAAAAAUAUAAUGAAAUAUUCACUACCGUUGAAGACUCCAAUUUCUUUCACUUAAUAUAAAAACUGAUUACAUCAAAGGUUUAGAAAUUUUGAUACAUUCUGGUUGAGAGAAUGCUUGUAACUGAAACCCUAACAGGCACACUAUGUGGCUCUAUAUCUUUUGUGCCUGUGCUAAAUAAAAGGGUGUGGUUAUUAAUGAAUACUUGUGUCUGGCACUCCCUAGUUUACACCUCAAUCUGAUUUUCCAACCCUUGUAACCAUUUACUAAUUACAAAUCAAUAAUGCAAAACCCCACUGUUUCUAAAUCAAUUUUAGCCAUUAAUACAAACGAAGGUUAUAUAAUUAUAGUGUCUAUUAUAUAGAAGUAAUACUUUUAUUAUCUUACAAUAAUUAUACGUUAAUAAGAGAGUAUAGACAAUAAAAAUAAUUUAUCAAAAUUCACAAUGCUGUGUUAAACACAUAACUGAUACAUUAAUUAUAUUAAUUCGUAAAUCCCACGUAUUACUGCGUAUUUUGAGUGUUUGUCACUAUACGUGGAUUUCAGUAAAAAAUAAUGCUUCGAAUAAAAUUAGUCAAUAUAAUUGUAUUAAAUGAAAUAGAAUGUGAAAUCGUACAUACUUUGAUGGUAAUGAUCACUAUUAAGUUGAUUAACAUAAUUGUUCACAUACGGACAUAACGAAACAGAAAAUACUUAACAUCAUUUAAAGACUAUGAAUUCCCUGAUUUCUUUGUAGACUCUAUGCAUUCUUGCAGCAUUACUUUAAGAACUUUAAUAUAAAAUAACUUUUGAAUCAUGCAUUGCCUUGCUGCAUACAUAACAUAUCUUAGAUAUGUCUACAGCAGUGUAGACUUUUUUCUAAAGAACAUUGUACUGUUCGAAGUUAAUGGUGUGGUAAAACUUGAAGAUAGGAAGCUCUUGACUCAUUAAUCUUAUGAGUUAGAAUCCUCCAUUACAAAGAAUAUUUUUUGCCAGAAAAUCAAAGAAUUUCUAGCAAAUCUAUAAGAUAAAUGAAGAUUUUGUCAUUUAUCCUUUAUCAAAACAAUGUUAUGAAUGGAAUAUGUUUAAGUUCAUUCCUUCCUGAUAAAUGUUCGACCCCUGUAAAAUAUAAUGCAACUAUUUGUAUAAUACUGACAAAUAUAUAUUACAUAGAUAAUGAUAUGAAAUCAACUUACGUAAUUGUUUUCUUUUCAGUAUUCUUAGACUGCGAUCUUGCCCGAUUUAAUACCUUCAAGAAGUCUGUCGUUUUGGUACGCAUUCUUGAGUGAAUGUAAACUUUACUGCACUUAAUGUGAUAGUGCAAAUAAUUUCUGAACAUGUGUAUUAAAUCAAUGGUAUUAUCACGAGC